UAUUGGAUCUUAUAUUAUAUAAUUCAUAAAUAUUAUGGACAUAAUUGAUAAGAAAGGACCACAGAAUUAUAAAUUACAUUCGCCACCUGAACUAUAUAUAUAUAUAUAUAUAUAUAAAAGUAUUGUUUUAAAGAGGGAGCAGAGUGUACUUUUUCUGACUUGCACAAGGCUUUGUUUCUGAGAAGAGAAGUUUCAGUUUCAGUUUCAGGGGGAAGAAAGAGCAUUGGUGUUGUUGAAGAAGAACAAUAAAAAUAUGGAAGAUGGGGUUUGUUCUAGAAUAUAUGUAAAAGGGGGAGGAGGAUGCAGCGGAGAGAGCGGUGGUGGAGGCGGAAAAGGGAGUGGGAGUAGCAAAUGUGGAAGAUGGAAUCCAACAGCAGAACAAGUAAAAGUACUGACAGAACUGUUCAGGUCAGGGCUUAGAACUCCGAGUAGUGAUCAGAUUCAGAAAAUCUCUCAUCAUCUCAGCUUUUACGGCAAGAUUGAGAGCAAGAAUGUGUUUUACUGGUUUCAGAAUCAUAAAGCACGUGAGCGACAGAAGCGUCGCAAACUUUCUCUUCCUCAACAACAACAUUUCAUUCUUCCACCUUCUUCUAACCUUCAACGUAUGUUUGUUUUUCACCUCCUUUUUAUACCUCAAUUCAUUUGACCUCACUUUCUAACUGCGCUUAUAAGCACUUAAAAAGUCGUUUCAAACUGGCUCACUCUAUUAUAUGACAAAGCUCGAAGGAGUGUUUUAAUUGUUUCACUGAUUUGGUUUUCCGGUUUGAGCAGAUUUUGCAGAUCAGUCAAUGACGAAUAAAGGUAUAAUGGAUCAGUUGGAGCCAGAAAGAAUGAUGAAAACUCUUCAACUUUUUCCAUUAAAUUCUACCAUUGAUGAAACACAAGGAUUACCAGAGGAUCAUCAUCAGUAUAGAGUAAAUGGGAAGCAGUAUGAGGAUGCAACGGCUUUCACCUACAAAAUAGAGACAAAAAUGGAUCAUCCACCAUUGGAUCUUCGUUUAAGCUUUCUGUAGAUCACCAGAUUCAUCAUCAGUAGUAGACGUAGUGUUCAAAACUUAUGGAGAUUAUCAUUGAAUUCUAAGGUUAUUGUAUUGUAGCAAGUUAAGGCUUUAACUAAUUUAAAUUUUAUCUUAUUCUAUGUGUUUUAUUUCUGGAGAGGAAGGACUAAAAAAAAAAAACUUCGACAUUCUCAAGUGCAUGCUCAAGACACGUAGAUUUAUUGUUAAUCAGUGAAUGUUGGAAAUUGGGAAAUUCAAAUUGGCCUUUAUCACGAGAAACCAAUGUGUGGAUUCAAUGCUUCGGAAUUCAUAAAAUUUUCAAACUA